GCGCUGCUCAUGCUCAUGCCGGGUGGGUGCUGAACGGUCUUCAAGAGCUCACGACUGCAUACGAAUUUUGCGUUUCUCCUUUCCUCCAAUUCCUUUACCCUCCUAAUUCUACCCUCCGCCAUUGCUGUGGCAUUGCGCGAGCUCUUCCUGCCACCGUGAAGCUGCGGCUUCUCCCUGAAUACCCAAGAUGCAGUCUCCGAAUAUGCUCACCAAGUUCGAGUCCAAGUCCUCCCGGGCAAAGGGCAUUGCCUUCCACCCCAAGAGGCCAUGGAUCCUCGUCUCCCUCCAUUCGUCUACCAUCCAGCUAUGGGACUACCGCAUGGGUACGCUGAUCGACCGCUUCGAGGAGCACGAUGGUCCUGUCCGCGGCAUCGAUUUCCACAAGACGCAGCCUCUCUUCGUCUCAGGAGGAGACGAUUAUAAGAUCAAGGUCUGGUCGUAUCAGACCCGGAGAUGCCUGUUCACGCUGAACGGCCACUUGGAUUAUGUGCGCACCGUGUUCUUCCAUCACGAGCUGCCUUGGAUAUUGUCGAGCUCCGAUGACCAGACAAUUCGGAUAUGGAAUUGGCAGAACAGGUCCCUAAUCUGCACGAUGACCGGUCACAACCAUUAUACCAUGUGCGCGCAGUUCCACCCCAAGGAUGAUCUCGUCGUCUCCGCCUCGCUCGACCAGUCCGUCAGGGUCUGGGAUAUUUCCGGCCUCCGCAAGAAGCACUCUGCGCCGACCUCGAUGACGUUCGAAGACCAGAUCGCACGCGCCAAUGCCAACCAGGCGGAUAUGUUUGGAAACACGGAUGCGGUGGUCAAGUUUGUGUUGGAGGGCCACGACCGUGGCGUCAACUGGGUUGCGUUCCACCCUACGCUGCCAUUGAUCGUUUCUGCCGGCGACGAUAGGCUUGUCAAGCUCUGGAGAAUGAGCGAGACUAAGGCGUGGGAGGUUGACACCUGCAGAGGCCACUUCCAGAACGUCUCUGCGUGUUUGUUCCACCCCCACCAGGACCUCAUCCUUUCCGUCGGCGAGGAUAAGUCUAUCCGCGUUUGGGACCUGAACAAGCGCACUUCGGUUCAGUCGUUUAAGAGGGAGAAUGACCGUUUCUGGGUUAUCGCUGCGCACCCGGAGAUCAACCUGUUCGCUGCUGGCCACGACAAUGGUGUUAUGGUCUUCAAGCUUGAGCGGGAGAGGCCCGCCUCGGCGGUUUACCAGAACAACCUGUUCUACAUUACCAAGGAGAAGCAUGUUCGGUCGUACGACUUUGCGAAGAAUGUUGAAUCGCCUUCGAUGCUGUCUCUUAAGAAGCUCGGCAGCCCGUGGGUCCCGCCGAGGACGCUCUCGUACAACCCUGCUGAGCGCGCAAUUCUCGUUACUUCUCCCGCCGAUGGCGGCUGCUACGAGCUAAUUAGCUUGCCGCGUGAUGCUACCGGAGCCGUUGAACCGACCGACACGAAGCGUGGAUCUGGAAACUCUGCGGUCUUCGUUGCCCGCAACCGCUUCGCCGUCUUCAACCAGGCUAACCAACAGAUCGACAUCAAGGAUCUCGCCAACUCCACGACUAAGACUAUCAAGCCUCCUCACGGCACGGUAGACAUUUACUUCGGUGGCACUGGAUGCCUUCUCUUGAUCACCGCUACCAACGUUGUGCUCUACGAUAUUCAACAGAAGAAGAACCUUGCCGAGCUUGCCGUCAACGGCGUCAAGUACGUCGUCUGGUCGACCGAUGGCUUGCACGCUGCCCUGCUUAGCAAGCACAACGUCACUAUUGUCAACAAGAGUCUGGAGCAGGUCAGCACCCUGCACGAGACCAUCCGGAUUAAGAGCGCUACUUGGGACGACGCUGGUGUCCUUCUUUACUCCACCUUGAACCACAUCAAGUACACGCUGAUGAACGGCGACAACGGUAUUGUGCGCACCUUGGAGCAGACCGUCUACUUGCAGAGGGUUAAGGGCCGGAACGUCUACUGCCUCGACCGUGCGGCGAAGCCCAAGAUUAUCCAGAUCGAUCCUACUGAGUACCGCUUCAAGCUUGCUCUUAUUAAGCGCAACUACGAUGAGAUGCUUAACAUCAUCAAGACAUCCAGCUUGGUUGGCCAGAGCAUUAUUUCGUACCUGCAGAAGAAGGGAUACCCGGAGAUUGCGCUUCAGUUCGUGCAGGACCCGCAGACUCGCUUCGAGCUCGCAAUUGAGUGCGGCAACCUUGAUGUGGCCGUCGAGAUGGCCAAGCAGCUUGAUCGUCCCAAGCUUUGGCAGCGCCUGAGCGCCGAGGCCUUGGCUCAAGGUAACCACAAGAUCGUCGAGAUGACUUACCAGAAGUUGCGGACUUUCGACAAGCUCUCCUUCCUUUACCUUACGACGGGCGACCGUGAGAAGCUUACGCGCAUGGCUAAGAUUGCUGAGCACCGUGGCGACAUGACAUCCCGAUUCCAGAACGCCAUCUACCUCGGUGAUGUUGAGAGCAGAAUCGAGAUGUUCCAGGAGAUAGAUCAAUAUCCCCUUGCAUACAUGCUGGCGAAAUCGCAUGGCCUGGAGGAGCAAUGCCAAGCGUUGCUCGAGGCCAGCGGUCUUACCGAGGAUCAAAUCACCCUUCCCGCAAUGGGCGAGCCCCUCGCCCCACCUAAGCCUGUCGUUCCCACCUACCUUGCCAACUGGCCGGUCAAGAGCACCGGUACUUCCGUUUUUGAGAAGGCCUUGAUGGGUGAAGAGUUGAGUCCGGAUGAGCUGGCACCGGCAGCGAACGGCUAUGGAGAAGAGGACCUGCUGGGCGAGCCCGAAGCGGAGGAUCGCAACGGCGAGUUCGAGGAAGCCGACGAGGAUGAGGACGCGGCUGGCUGGGACAUGGGCGGCGAUGAUGAUAUCGAGGCCGAGGAGGACUUUGUCAACGUCGAGAGUGCGGAUGCUGGUGCUGGCAGCAGCGAGGCCGACAUGUGGACGAGGAAUUCGCCGAUUGCGGCCGACCACGUUGCUGGUGGCUCGUUUGAAAGCGCAAUGCAACUGCUCAACCGCCAGGUCGGUGCCGUCAACUUCGGGCCGCUCGAGUGGCGCUUUGAGGAGAUCUACCAGGCGUCGCGGACGUUCCUGCCCGCCAACGUGGGCAUGCCUCCGCUGGUCAACUACGUGCGCAGGACGGUGGACGAGACCGACUCGCGGAAGGUGUUGCCGCUCAUCCCGCGUGACCUGGAGUCCGUUACGGCGACGGAGCUUGCGGCGGGUAAGGCGCAAAUGCGCACCAACAAGCUGGACGACGGUGUCGUGACGUUCAAGAAGAUCCUGCACCUGAUUAUGGUCAACGCCGUGACCACUCAGGCCGAGGUCGCCGAGGCCAAGAAGCUGAUCAACACGGCAUCACAAUACGUGCUGGCGAUGAGCAUCGAGCUCGAGCGCCGCCGCCUCACCAACAACGCCACCGACAUCUCGGCCCUGUCACCCGAGGACAAGAAGCGCGCCCUCGAGCUCAGCGCGUACUUCACGGUGCCGGAGCUUGAAGGCCCGCACAAGGCGCUGGCACUCUUCGCAGCAAUGAACUUUGCGCACAAGAACAAGCAGCACAGCGCGGCGCUGUCGUUUGCGAACGCGCUGCUGGACCGGGGCGCGGCGAACGCCAAGUUCAAGGAGAGCGCGCGCAAGAUCAAGGCCGUGUGCGAGCGCAACCCGUCGGACGCGGUCGACGACGUCGACUACGACGCGUUUGCCGAGUUCGACGUGUGCGCCAAAAGCUUCACGCCCAUCUACCAGGGCAGCCCCGCCAGCGCGUGUCCGUACUGCGCCGCCAAGUUCCACGCCAAGUUCAAGGGCUCGGUGUGUACGGUCUGCGAGGUCAGCCAGAUUGGCGCGCCGGCGAGUGGGCUGCGGUUGUGCUUGUAGGGUAGGAAGAGGUGCCUAGAGGUGGUUGGUGGGCAAGCACUGUUGUAGCAAGGGCCGGUAUAGUGUGGCAUGUAGUAGUAGUCCCGACCCGGGGAUGAUGGACAAGAAGAGGGAAAAGCGAAAUCUCAGUCAGGUUCGUGGGUUGGAGGGCGGAUGGAGGAGGUCGGUCGGUCAGUCAGUCAGUAAGACAGUGGAUCUGCUUUGCACUCUUACGCAUUGCGUGCUUGUUGUUUCUAGCCAGGUUGUUCAAGCUCCUUCGUCUCUGGCCUGCCUAGCUAGACUAUGAAGGAAGUAUGUAGCUAGUUGGCUGGUUGGCGAAUAAGCUGAGAGGGCCUUGGGGUUUUUACGUGAGUUGUUGUUGUAAUGGCUAUGGCAAAAAUUGUUCGAAUACUCUGUG